AUGGAAGAUUCUGAGAGUCAAUAUGAAAAUUCUUCGGAAUUCAAGCGACCAACAUACAGCUUGCGACGACUUUCGGACUUAGUUCCCGCUCGCGUGGUAUUAUAUAUGCUCUCAUUUUCUGGAUUUCUGGUAUCUUUCAUGAUGAGAACAGAUAUAAACAUCGCAAUGGUUGAGAUGGUUAAAUUUCAACCAGUUUCCUCUGAUUCAAAUGUCACCAAGGACUCAUAUUGUUACGAGAUAUCAAACACAACUGCUUUAUUAGAUAACUCUACUAGUUCAACUGCAGGCUUAACCUGGCCGGCAAUGUAUGCGAUCGUCGGGCAUUGGAUUCCACCAGUUGAACGGUCGCGUUUCAUGUCAUCAUUCCAAGCGAUGCCAGUACCUUGGAAGUCUAUUUUAACCUCAUGGCCAGCAUGGGCAAUUGGAAUUACAACAUUUGGAAGAAUAUGGGUGCAUUAUGUAUUUAUUAUUCCUGGUCCUAUGUACAUGAAGACUGUCCUAGGCUUCAGCAUCCAAACUAAUGGAUUCCUUUCUGGAGCGCCAUUUAUCGCUCAAGUUAUUCCGGGACUACUAGUACUUCUAAUUGGAUAUUUAGGCUGCAACAUAGUAAUUGUUCUCAUUAUAUGGUUUAUUGCUGUAACACUUAUCACAGCAGCCUACGCCGGUGCUAUGGCUAAUAUCGUAGACAUAGCACCAAAUUUAGCUGGACCAGUUUUAGCAUUCGCUCAAACAAUUCACAUGACUGCUAGUUUCUUGUCACCUCAAGCAGCUGGACUAUUUACUGAUAAAAAUCAAACAUUGGAUGCAUGGAGAAACGUUUUCGGCCUCACCAGCGGUAUUGCAUGUGGUACUUAUAUUGUCUACCAAAUAUUUGGUACCGCAGAAAUUCAACCGUGGAACUAUGUCGAUCAAAAGCGCUCUCAGCCAGUCGACAACGACAUUGAGCCGCUGAAUGAUUCGAACUUAAAAAACGGUAAAAAUCUGCCCAAUCAUUCUAACAAUCCAGAACAACCAGAAUUAAUAAAUGAUUAUUCGCAUUGA